AUGCAUUCGAUUAUCAUUUCGAAUACAUCAUUGAGUUUAUGCCUGACUCAACCAGUAGAAUAUGUAGCACCAGGAAAACCGUUUCAUAACUAUACAAAAUAUCUGAUUGAUGGAAAGCAAGGUUCAACUGUGACGCAUUCACGUGCCGGUAUACUUAAAGAUUAUGGUGCAACAGCUGGAAUUCAAUGUCGAGGAAGUGGAACAAUGACAGUAUGUUUUUCUCAUGCAUAA